AUGUAUGAAUCCUGUACUUUUGAUAGUUUCAUUAGAAAAGUAUAUCCUAUUUAUAUCAUUAUAAGGAAAGCAGGUUAAGCUAAACAAAGCUAUAGUUCCUUCAUUUAGUAUUGAAAUUAUUUUAUCCAANAAAAUAAAAGAUGAGACAUAUAUCGAUAUAAAAUAUCAUCUUUGUAAAUUUCUGGAAUUGGGAUGGGCAUAUGCUGAUAGAAUUAAGAAAUAAAGAAGAGAGAGAGUUUAUAAUCAAAAGUUGGAACUAAAAUUUUGGAUGA